AUGUCAAUUACAACACUGCAAAUCGGUAUGAAAUUUCCUGAUAUGGAAAGCGUUCGCUCAGCUCUAGAAAACUACUCGGUUGAAACAUCUUCGCCUUAUAAGUUUAGAACUAAUAACUCCAACAAACUACUUGUUGUUUGUCCCUUGUAUGAAGUGGAUGAAGCCAGCACUUGUUCUUUUACGGUCUCUGCCAACAAACGUAAAGAUGGUUAUAUUCAUAUUAUAAGAUUAAUUCAACAUGAUCAAAAUUGCCCAACCUUUUCAGAAACAUUUAAAGUACAUGGGUCAUAUCUUACUAAGUUCACUGCACCAUUGGUUGAGGAUAUAACAGCACUUAAAUCUCGUGAUAUUGUGAAUCGUCUUCGCACAGAAGUGGGUGCUGAGGCAUCAUAUAUGAAAGCUUGGAGAAGUCGAGCUAUUAAUAAAAAACGUGGUGCAGAAGAAAUAGAAAAGAGUUACCAACGUAUAAAUUCACUACUUGACAAUCUGCUGAUUGAGAAUCCAGAAAGUGUUACUACAUUUGAGGUAGAUGGUGAAAACCGAUUUACUCGUGCAUUUCUAUGCUUAUGGCCAUGGAUUAAAGCAGCUGAACAUUGCCGGCCUGUAUUUACAUUUGAUGCUUGUCACUCAAAGUCAAGUUACAAGGGUGUGUAUUUUAGUGUAAGUGCGAUUGAUGGUGAGGGCAAGCUUGUUUCUAUAGCAUUCGCUAUUUGUUCUGUUGAAAAUUCUGAUAACUGGACGUGGUUUUGUGAGCAUUUGCGUAUGGCUCUUCCAUUAAUGAAUACGAUUAAGACUAUAAUUAUAAGUGAUCGUGAAAAGCUUGGAGGUAAAAUCUGGGCUGCGGCUAAAGCAUUACAUGUAGAAGAAUUUGACAAAAUAAUGGAAGAAAUUUCUGAUUUACAUGAGGAGGCAUCUAUUUAUCUUAGUGAAAUACCUUCCGCAACAUGGACCCUUAGCAAAUGUCCUCGAAGUAGAUUCGGCCAUCUUACUUCUAAUACAUCUGAGUCUUUAAAUUCUUGGUUAUGUGAUGAACGUCUUGUAGAACCAUUCGACGCAAUCAUUUUAUUUGUACGCAGGGUCAAUAUGCUUUAUUACAAUCGUCGCACAACAUAUUCUUCAAUCCAAGCAAUGUUGCCAUCUUCAACUACUCAGCAACUUCAAUCUAUUAUCAACAAAUGCCGUAGCAGAAUAGUGUAUCAAGUCAAUGAGUCUGUUUUUGAGGUUAAGAGCAAUAACGGUAGUUUUCGUAUUGUGGAUCUUACCUUAUUAACUUGCACCUGUAAACAAUUUCAAGAGUAUGGGCUUCUCUGUGUACACGCAUGUGCAGCUAUUCUUAAGGCAUGCAAACAGCCUUCACAAUUUGUUCAUUCUACAUAUCACAUCACAACUCUUCAAAAUAUUUAUAAAGAGUCUGUUCAACCUGUUGAUGUGGAAACGUGUUUUUUUGAUAACAAAACGUUGCCACCAGCCAUGAUCAAACAAGCAGGACGACCACGAAAAAUUCAUUUACGUAGCCGUGGAGAGACAGCACCAGAAGACCAACUUACCUGUGAUUGGCGAAUUUCAAUUUAA